CUUCCAUGUCUUCGUCACGAACUACAGAAGAGACCUACGAAGCACAGAAUGAUCAGCGACUAGAUGAGUUACAUUCAAAGAUACGCACACUGCGCGGAGUCACCACUGACAUCUACGACGAUGCCGAAAGACAACAUCUGACUCUAGAUGAUACGGGAAACGCCUUCUCUAGCCUUUCAACGUCCUUGUCUCAGUCCUCUCGACGAGCUGCGCAAGCAUUCGGCCUCUCCGGCGCAGGCGGCGUUAGACAGAUGCGGAUCAUAAUGUAUGUUGUUGGCUCUUUUCUGGCACUCUGGACAUUUUGGGAAGUGAAGGGGAUCUGGUGGGUCAGCGAAAGCGCAUGAGCCGCUGUAGUUGUUGCUCGUGAUUGACAUUAUUUCCGGUGCUAAUUCGAACAAGCAUCGACUCGUUUAUAUAGGACAAUACACGUAAUAUCUAUACCUUCACAUGAUUCAAUGAUAAAAGCAACAGGAAUAUUGGAAAGGGACUCCCUCCUGCUACAUGUGUAGAUAUGUCACCUACAAGGUGAUAACCCCGACACU